CAGACCGCCGUUUCAUCUCUUCGUUUAGGUUGUGGACGGGCAAAUGAGUAUACCCAACAUAUAAUUGAUCUUCCUGAACAAAAGAUGUAUGAUGUGAUAUAACUCUAUAAUCUGUGCUUUGCUCUGCACUCUACUUCGCCUUGCUUAAAAUAUCGAAGCAAAUAUGUUCUUGCCCAACUGCUCCUGCAAGUUUCAACCUCGGGGAGCCACCUCAACACAAAUGACGAAGCUCGUGCCUCUCUGUUUCAGCCUUGUCGUGCCGCUACAGGUCCUGCAAGUGCAACUGAGCAGCGGCAUAAAAAUCGACGAAGAGCAAGCUGCUCAUAGUGUCGACGGGGGCGGCAGUCGUGUUGGAGCCACUGCAUCACCUUCUCCGAACCUGAUUCUUGACGACCAGCGGCCGCCGCGACGGGGCAACCUGCGGGGGAACAAGAAAAUCGUAAACACGAGGAACAACCGGCAAGUAGAAGAAGCAGAAGAAAGUGCGGCUGCUGCAGCUCCUACUGCGGUCACGUACGACGAAAAAGGCGGCGUCGGAAAAGAAGCGGACUUCGACGUUUUGCAGGAGGCCCAACAACUCCUCGUCCCGCAAGCGGCUAGUGGGGUUGCUCUUCUUGCUGCAGAUGGAAGUGAGAAUGCAUUUUCCGCCGUGCAGCUCGACGACAAGCACAUGCUAACCACAAAACAGUUCGAGCGGCCCUGUUUUUACCGACCAGUAACGGACGGUGCCGGCGAACUAAACACAGAGACGAUACACUGGUGCCUUUUUGGCUCCCCCGAUCCCAAGGACGAUCAUGGCGCGUAUUUGAAAAAGAAUGAACCCUACUACUGUGAUUUCGUUUUUCUGGCAUGACUCUACUUGCAACUUUGGCUUUGCUGCAACAAGACACAUAUACAUGAACAUCACAAUUUGAGGAUCACGACUGACAAACCUUCAUAUCAGGUACACAUCCAGCUGUCUCGUCCAGACGAAUUUGGCCUAUUUGCUCCUCACCUUGGCCAUCUUUUCGGGUCUAUCCACGAUCACUUUGGGCAUUGUGGUUUUCUUGCGGUUACGGAAGGGAGGGACGUUGACAUCAGCUGCCAAUGCCAAGCCGGGUGCUGCUUAAGGGGAGAUGAGAAGGUGUUGCUGUGUUGACGACAUACUGCAGCACAGAAGUGCUGUAGAAUAAACAAACAGUUUUUAUUCUCUACUUUCACGACUGUGCGGAUUUUAAUUUUUGAUUCGUAUUGUUUACUGAAAAUAGUAUGAUUUUUGAGGUGAGCUGCAGCUAGUGACAAUUCCAAUUGAGGUGCAGAAUGUCGUCCGUCGUCAAGACAAAGACAUGGAUUUUUGUUUGUCGGCAGAAUAAAGUGGAAAAUGAAACUUGUCGAGGCGUUCAUCACGAUGAUACAGGAGUCGCGGAGUAACAACAGUUUUACCUGGCCCGGGAUUAGGAAUUGC